UGUUCUUCUUCAUUGUCCAAUAUCAACUUCAUUCAACUUCAUCGAAUCAAACUUUUGAAAUUCUCAAUUUUCCAAAUUAAAUUGACCAUGUCUUCUACACAAUUUCAAUCACGCAACCAAGACGGUUCAAGUAUUAUGAAGGGCCACCAACAUCGAACCUCUCAGAGCGAGUCUACGCGGGCGUAUGACUCACUCCAAGAGCACUUAGGCGCCAACAUGGGCCGCAGCGCGACAUAUGACCCCCAGCCUGAGAAUAAUGGUACGGGGAUAGGAGGGGCAUUGAGUCGCUGGUUAGGAAAAUAUAGGGGUAAGUCGCCCAGCCCGGAGCGACCCAGUAUCAGCAAGCCCCAGAGAAUAGGAGCACCCCAGGCUCCCCUACGCUCUAACCGAGUAUCUCUCGAACCUACGCCUUCAUUAAUGCCAGGGUCUCGAAUAUUGCCUGAGUUGGAGAUCCCCAUGUCUGUGUCAAGCUUGCCAAGACUUACGAGCACUCGGAGGAGAAGCCUGGCGAGUAAGAAUGAUGCCCUUGGCUCGCACCCUGUCCGAUGGCUUGACAAUAUGGAAGGUAGAUUUCCUGCUCAAAAGAUCUUGCUGAGACCUGGGGAUGAGGGCCAUGGUCGUACAGUCGAUGCCCCCUCUAAAGCUGGUCGAUCCCGUCGAGUUGUCUUAGAUCCUGGAAUGGAAAUAAACCCCGAGGUCAUACAGUUGAAAGCAAUCAAAGCUGAACGGCGAAAGGGGCGACUUUUCUUACCUAGAGAGAUUCCCACGAACUUUUCCGAGUUUCCUGACCCUGAGGCCUGGCAUGUCGACACCGAUGACAGGGACCGAAUGUGGGAAGAUGCAGGCUUUGACGAUGUCGAGGAAUACGAGAUCCCUGAUGACGAGAUCCCUGGUUACGAGAUUCCUGGUAAUGAGAUUCCUGCCAGCGAUAUCCCAGAUAUAAUCGUCACGGCGCCAGAUGAUGAGCCCGCGCUGCAGAAUAACGACGCUUCCGAAGACCUCCUUGUUGUGGAUGAUUGUUAUAAGCACCUUUGGAACAAGCAGAGGAGGGAAAUACGCGAUUUGAAAUGUAGCCUACAAUUCUUAUUGCCCUUGGCGACUCUAGUCGCGGAAGCAGAAGAGAUCGAUCUGAACGAUAUCACGGCGUUAGAAACGGCGCUGAAGACAAUUAUUCAGGACCGUGACAGGCUGUUUGAUCUUUACCCCCUGGCGCAAGCCUUGGCCAAGGACCAGAAGCUGGACGAGAACGACUUCAAGGCCCUUCCCCAAGCCCUCAGGAACGUCUUAGCAGAUCGUGACAACGCUAAACGAGUGGCUCAUUACCAUAGGACGAUGAGACAGAGGCUCGAGGUAAGGGUCGCAGAGUUGGAGAUGAAGAAAGAGAAGGGGAGUGACGUUGAUAGUCAAGACGAGGAGGAGUAUAUGUGGUUGUGA